CUCCGCGGCUCCCCCUCCCCGAGCCAGGCGGGGCCGCAGCUCGCAGCGCCGCCGUUCGUGGUGCCGCCUGUCGCCUCUCCCCGCUGACCGAGGGCACCGGCGGGACCCUCUCCGGCCGCCCCCUGUCCCCACCGCCGCCUCAGCCGCAGCCGGCGCUGCCCGCGGAGCCGCCAUGAGCUGGGGCACGGAGCUGUGGGAUCAGUUCGAUAACUUAGACAAGCAUACACAGUGGGGCAUUGACUUCUUGGAGAAAUAUGCAAAAUUUGUAAAAGAAAGGAUAGAAAUUGAGCAAAACUAUGCAAAACAACUGAGAAAUCUGGUUAAGAAGUACUGUCCUAAACGUUCAUCCAAAGAUGAGGAACCCAGGUUUACUUCGUGUAUUGCCUUUUUUAACAUCCUUAACGAGCUGAAUGACUAUGCAGGACAACGUGAAGUAGUUGCUGAAGAAAUGGGACACAGAGUCUAUGGAGAAUUGAUGAGAUACUCUCAUGAUCUAAAAACUGAGAGAAAAAUGCAUCUUCAGGAAGGGCGAAAGGCUCAACAAUAUCUGGACAUGUGCUGGAAACAGAUGGAUAAUAGCAAAAAGAAAUUUGAGAGAGAAUGCAGAGAGGCAGAGAAGGCGCAGCAAAGCUAUGAAAGACUGGACAAUGACACUAACGCGACAAAGGCUGAUGUUGAAAAGGCUAAACAACAGUUAAACCUGCGCACACACAUGGCUGAUGAAAACAAAAAUGAAUAUGCUGCACAACUACAGAAUUUUAAUGGGGAGCAACACAAACACUACUACAUUGUCAUUCCUCAGAUUUAUAAGCAACUUCAAGAGAUGGAUGAAAGAAGGACCAUCAAACUCAGUGAAUGUUACAGGGGCUUUGCUGACUCUGAGCGCAAGGUUAUUCCGAUCAUCUCCAAAUGCUUAGAAGGGAUGAUCCUUGCAGCAAAAUCAGUUGAUGAACAUAGGGACUCCCAGCUAGUGAUAGACUGCUUCAAAUCUGGUUUUGAACCUCCUGGAGAUUUUCCAUUUGAAGAUUACAGUCAGAAUAUUUACAGAACUAUCUCUGAUGGAACCAUCAGUACACCAAAGCAGGAAGGAAUGAGAAUUGAUUCAAAAACUACAGUGGGCAAGUCUAAAGGAAAGCUGUGGCUGUUUGGAAAGAAGCCAAAGGGCCCUGCACUAGAAGACUUCAGCCACCUCCCUCCAGAACAAAGGCGCAAGAAACUGCAGCAGAGAAUUGAUGAACUCAACAGAGAACUACAGAAGGAAACCGACCAAAAAGAUGCCCUCAUCAAGAUGAAAGAUGUUUAUGAAAAAAAUCCCCAGAUGGGUGAUCCAAGCAGUCUGCAACCAAAAUUAGCUGAGACAAUGAGCAACAUGGACCGUCUUCGGAUGGAAAUACACAAGAAUGAGGCCUGGCUGUCUGAAGUUGAAGGUAAAGUAGCAGCCAGAAGCGACAGGCGGCACAGCAGUGAUAUCAACCACCUUGUAACACAGGGCAGAGAGAGCCCUGAAGGGAGUUACACGGAUGAUGCAAAUCAGGAAGUUCGAGGCCCACCACAGCAGCAUGCACAUACAAAUGAAUUUGAUGAUGAGUUUGAAGAUGAUGAUCCAUUACCAGCUAUAGGACAUUGCAAGGCAAUAUAUCCCUUUGAUGGUCAUAACGAAGGCACUCUAGCAAUGAAAGAAGGGGAAAUUUUGUACAUUAUUGAGGAGGACAAAGGAGAUGGGUGGACAAGAGCUCGAAGACAAAAUGGAGAGGAAGGCUACGUACCAACAUCAUAUAUAGAUGUAACGCUAGAGAAAAACAGCAAAGGUGCAGUAACCUAUAUCUAACAGUAAACUGGCAGCUUACAAGUAUACAUUCCCCAGGGAAAAUAGUGGACAAAUAGUAAGUCUCACAGGUUCAUGGAAAGCAUUACAAUAACAGAAGUGAGGAGGGGCCUGUUGUUUGCAAUGUGGGUUUGCCACAGCCUUUUCAGAUACAACAGCAUUAAAUUGGUCUAUAGUUUUGGCCAGUGUUUUCUACUUUGUUUCACUGUUCCUGCUCUACAGAGUACUAAAUCCAAUUCAGCUAUUAAAUGGAGAAAGACCAGGAUUCCUGCUUGUUCUACACAAUACUUUGGUUUUAUAGAGAACUGAAAUUUAAGUUUUAAAGACUUCUAAGAUGUGCUGUUCUCAUUUCUAUAAUUUAAACUGUAUGCUUAAACCAGAGGUUUUUUUCCUCUAAUAACUAACUGAACUUGGUUACUGAAAAUUAUUAAUUUCCUUCUUUAGCAAAUACUUGGCAGCUUUCAUCUCUUAAACAGGAAAAUCUUUUCUGAUUCUAAAAGCUCAACAGAACUACUCAGGAAGAAACAGUAUGAUUAAAAGGACAGAAAGUCCACUGACCUGUGUUUCUCCUUCCCUUUCUGUGGUUGUAAAGUAAAACAUUGUGUACAGGACACAACUCCAUUAUUUUAACUCUAGAUACCUUAAACCUAAAGAAACCCCACCAAACCCGAAACACUACUACCACCACCACCACCAAAAAACCAAACAAGCCAAUAAUUGUAAUUGUUGAUGAUGUUUCACUGAAUUUUAAGCUCUCUGCUCCAGAAAAGGGAAUGAUUUUAUGUUCUUAAUUUGUGCCUGUAAGCUAAGUCUUUGAAUUGCAUAAUGUUUAGUUUGAAAUCAAGCUCUUGAAUGUACAGUAAUUAAUUCCCUCACUGUUAAUCACUGAGGUUUGGAAACUGCAUUGCACUACUUGAUUACUAGAGAAAAAAAAAAAAAACUAAGCUAAAAACUAAAAGCUUGUAUUUGUAAUGUGGAUUUGUGGAAGUAAUACAAGGCUAAUGCAUAGCCACUGAGAAUGGCCUGUUAGAACUGAGCACACUUCUCUGUCUUCUAAAGGCCUUCAGUAACUUUUUUCUUUUCUUUUUCCUCUUGGACUGCAGGUUCCUGAAGCGGGUUUCUGAGAAAAUGGGCGAGAUCUUGAAGGAGGUUACAUGCAGCUGCUUGGGGCGGGGGUGGGGGGGGAAGGUAUUAGACUGGGAGGCCCAUUAAACAAGGGGAAAAGCUAGUUGCAUGAAUGCAUGCAGACAUACAUUUAGUCACUAACAUUCUUAGCAUUUCCAUACAUAAUUAAGGAUGCAUCACAAAUUCUUAAAUUUGUGCAGGAAAAUAGCAUUCCAUUACCAGAGUAAAAAGGCAACUGCUCCUAAAAUUUCUUUGUUUUGUCAUAGGUGGUCCGAAGGGCACAAACUAGAUUUUAGCUUGUGCUACAUUCUGGUUGUCUCACUUAUACUUUUUUUCCAACUCACGUAAUUGGCAGUCAUUUAGAACCAUGUCAGUUACCAGUCUGCCUGUGCCACCUCCAUGCUCGCCCUUAACCUCCUCCUGCAUGCCUAGGACAGUCAGGCAUGUCUGUGUAACACUUUUUUGACAUCAUUGCUUUUCUUAUUUUGUAACAAAUCAUUCUGUUUUAAAUAUCUUCAGCACUAGAAUUUCAUCCCAGUAUCCAUGUAUGCUGCUAUAACUUUUCCACAACGUUUCCACUGCAACCAUCAUUACAUUCCAGUUUUUGGCAUAACUGAUAAGAGACCGUAAUGUAUUUAUGUUGAUUUGGGGAAAUAAUACAUCACAGCUCUAGCCUACAAUCCAGUCAAGAGAAACUCCUAGACCUGUAGUCCAUCUUCAGCACUUCAGUAACCUACUGUGCGCACUGAAAACCUGGAAUACCACCAGAGAUUCACCACUGCAAGCUAGUGACUGUUUUCAGAAGUCGACUGCUUGCCAUUCAAAUGCUGCCUUAAACUAGAGUGCCUAAAUCUGUUGUUUGCCAACACUACCACUUACAGUAUCUCACAAAGGGCUUUGUGUCUCAGCUCUUUCCACAGUGCUGCAGCUGCUGAGGUAGCCACGGUAGGUGUUUUCUAGAGUUCUACUUUACAGGAUACAUGGUGCAUCAUGACUUUUAUACAUUGGGACGCAUAUCUCUUAAUUUGACUUUAAUAUUUUAAAAAAUAUUUUUAUGGAAACUUUUAGUUUUUGACUAUGAAGUUCCCAUUUUAAUUACUGCAGUGCUAGUCCGUUUCCAGGUGAUGCUUCAUUGUAUGGACCUGUUGAAAUUUGAGUGAUACUUUGUAAUGAUCUAUGUGCACUUUUACUUGUAAACAAUUGAAAUUUGGAUAUGUUUAUACGUGUAAAUAUAGUUGUCUGCAGUGCCCC